GUUACAAUGGAGAAUGUGGAGUCACGCUUCCUGCACCUUCUGCAGCCCAUCCGAGAUCUCACAAAGAAUUGGGAGGUGGAUGUGGCAGCCCAGCUGGGGGAGUAUCUGGAGGAGCUGGACCAGAUCUGCAUUUCCUUCGACGGCGGCCAAACCACCAUGAACUUCAUAGAGGCGGCUCUGCUGAUCCAGGGUUCUGCCUGCAUCUACAGCAAGAAGGUGGAAUAUCUCUACUCUCUUGUUUACCAGGCCCUCGACUUCAUCUCCAACAAAAAGCGGGACAAACAGCCUACGUCCAUGGGGGAGGACGGCACCGACACUGACGUGAGCGCUGGGCCCAGGACGGAGGAGGAGGAGUUCCUUUCAUUGGAUGACAUCAAGGACACCAACGUGGUGAGCUUGGACAUGAAGAAAGAUCACCAGCCUAAUACUGUGAACAUUGUCCCCUUGACGCCGAUGGCCCUGGUACCCCCAGAGGAGACAGAAAAGAAGGACAACCCCCUGUUCAGCCGGAAGGGGGAGAUCCUGGCCAGCCGGAAGGAUUUCCGCAUGAACACGUGCACCCCUCACGCCAGCGGAGCCUUCAUGCUGGAGCUGGCGGGCCUCUCACCCACGCAGUGCUUCCAAGCAAGACGCCAGGCUGGGGACCUUGGCAGUGCUACAGGAGGGCAGACUGCCGCCCCGGGAUCUGGAAACGCGCCCAUGGAGGUCAGUGCCUGUGAGACUCCUGUCCCAGUCUUGAACUUCUCUGAAAAUGAAGGCGCUGUGGCACCAGACGGGGGUGGUGGUGGUGAUGACGAUGAUGCAGGAGGAGGAGGAGGUGAUUUCUUGCCUGAUGCCCCAGAAGGGGGCGUGGAGACCAGUCCUGCUGCUGUCGAGCACAUUCAUCAGCAGAAGAGUGUGCCCGAGGGCAAGGGGUACAUGCUGCGGGAACGGGCCCCGGCCGUGGAGCCCAGUGUCCACAUCAAGGAGAUGCUGGAUCCGUGGCGAAGCCUUGACCCCUUUGACAACUCUGAGGAUAAGCCCUUUAAGAAAGGUAUCAGCUACGGGGACCAGCUGGUGGCGAGCUGUGGGCGGCUGGGCGAGUGGCACUCCUUCGCCAGCCUGGUGGCGGGGAAGCCGGCCUUCGAGGUGUGUCGCUCCAUGCUGGCCUCGCUCCAGCUGGCCAAUGACUGCACGGUGGAAAUCAGCCAGCAGGCAGGCCUGGAGGAGGCGGUGGACACCAUGCGGCUGCGCCUCCUGACCCAAGAGCGAGCACACGAGCGAUUCCGCACCUACCUGGCCCCCUCUGUGUCAAACUGA